AUGGCUUCGGUUGUGGAGCUCACCGACAACAGCCACCCCAAUUCCCUUCUGAUCCAGCUGAACGAGCAGCGUCUGCGCGGGCAGUUCUGCGACAUCACCAUCGUUGCCGAAGACACCAAGUUCAAGGCCCACAAAAAUAUCCUCGCGGCCUCCAGCCCGUACUUCAAGGAGGUCCUCUCCGAGGACUCGGCGUGUCGCCAGCCGAGCCAGAUCCUCGAGCUUCCCGACAUCCAAGCCAAAGUCUUCUCGGACAUCUUGAACUUCAUUUAUAACUCUCGGCUCUCCGUGCCCAGUCUGGCCGUGGCCAAGGAGAUUGGGGUGGUGGGCCGACGGCUGGGCAUCUCCCGCUUGGAGAACCUGGAUGACCCCUGGGCAGAGGUCAAGAUGGACAGUCCCGGCGGAGCCUCUGCCCGAGAUUGCGAGUCGCCCAUCGACCUCACCUGCCCGUCCCGUUCCAUGGAACCCUCCAGCCCUGUUUGCUUUCAGGAUUUGACCAAAGUGUACAGCCCCGGGCAGGACACCCGCCCUGACUCUGAGACAGAAACGGCCAAGAUCCUCUACACUCUGAGCUCCGUCGCGACCGUGCCCCCUGCCACGCCCUCUGAUCUGACGUUCAUGAUGAAGGAACCCGUCGCUUGGGACCACAGCCUCUCUGGGACGACUCCUGCCACUUCCGUCGACACAAAGGAUGGGGCACCGGCGUCGGCCUCUUCUUCCUCGCCCCCAUCCCCGUCUGGGGCUUCCUACCCAGCGAGCAGCACUUUCUGCUGCGGAAGCUGCAGCCGCUCCUUCACGACGUCUUCGGCCCUCAGCCUCCACAUGAAGCUGCACCGAACGCGCCGCUCGCUCUCCUGCCGCCACUGCGGCAAAAGCUUCAUCCACAUCAAGCGGCUGCAGACGCACGAAGUCUUAUGCAAAGAGGUGGAGAAACCCCCCAAGGAGGAGGCUUCCGCGGACAGGGCCCCGCCCAGCCCAGAGUUACCUUCCAAGCCAACGGGAGCUGCAGCAUCUUCCAAAAAGGGCGUGCUUUUCCGCCACCGGGCCUUGCCGAGGGUGGAUUACCUCUCCGACCAAGACCACUUUGUCAAAGUGGUCGACGGGCACAUCAUCUACUUUUGCACCGUCUGCGAGCGGUCCUACAUGACCCUUUCCAGCCUCAAGCGUCACUCCAACGUCCACUCCUGGCGCCGCAAGUACCCGUGCCGUUACUGUGACAAGGUUUUCGCCCUGGCGGAAUACCGCACCAAGCACGAGGUCUGGCACACCGGAGAGCGUCGCUACCAGUGCAUCUUCUGCUGGGAGACCUUUGUGACGUACUACAACCUGAAGACUCAUCAGAAAGCCUUCCACGGCAUUAAUCCCGGCCUCAUCUCCUCAGAGAAGACCCCCAACGGGGGCUACAAGCCGAAACUGAAUGCGUUGAAACUCUACCGCCUGUUACCCAUGCGCUCCCAAAAGAGGCCGUACAAAACGUACAGCCAGGCCGUGGUGCCCGAGGACCUUCUACAUCCAUCUCACCCUGUCCCCAUGACACUGGGAGAGGGUGAUUCAUUGGACGGAAAUUUGGUCUCCUCCCUGAGUACUAGUGACGUGGUUUCAGUGUUCACCACCAAGAACGCCUCUUUAGAAUCGACAGAGGCGGAACUGGACCAGCAGCAGGAAACCACGAGCACCGAGGACACGUCCGCUCUUCCAGCUACUGGUGAGGAGGCUCGGCUGGGCAAGCCGCCCCCGUCGUUGAGCACCGAAGCUCCCACCGUCAUCGCCUACGGGCACCCCACCUCUUCCGUGAUCGUUCAUAGCACCUCGGUGAAAGCACAGGGUCCUUCUGUGAUCACAUACAACAGCACGUCCGCCAGCACCCCGCUGAACGGGGGAACUCCACCGUCACUGUCCCAGUCAUCCCCUUCUCCAGUUGUAACCAAACCCAUUAAGAAGCAGGUCCUGAGGGAGUACAUCCAGUCCCAGAAGAGGGAGGAGCAGGCGUUGGAAGAGGAGGGCAGCGAGCAGGGGUUCAAGGCGAGGGGACCACGGACUGGACGCACCAUGACCUACAUGGCGAAACCAGCCUGCGUGGGAGCCGCCUCCGAAAGCCGAGCCGCCCCACUCUGCCAGAUCACGGUGCGCAUCGGCGAGGAAGCCAUCGUCAAGCGGCGGAUCUCCGAAACGGACCUGAUGCUUGACAAGAGCAGCCGGAUCGGAGGCAGGCGCCUGGAUUUCGGCCGUGAUCCGGGCAGUGAGAAACCACAUCCCUCCCUGCCUCCGACGCUGCACGGCAAGCAUGCCGACCGGCUGUUUGCGAACGAGAGUGGCGAGGAGGACAGCGACCGCGGGGACACGGAAGACCAGCUUUGGCGCCCGUACUACAGCUAUAAGCCCAAGCGGAAGGCUUGUGGCGGAGCCGGCAGUAGCGCCGGCAACGCCCUGCCGAAGAUGAAGAAGUCGCGGUGGCGGCACAAGCUGCGCUCGCUGCGCUGGAUGAAGCGGUCGGAGGACGCCAAGGAAGGGAGCAGAGCGGGACCCAACCAUCCGGGGUCGCCUGAGGCAUCCGGGGGACAGGGAACUGCCUCCGACCGGGAUGAGAUGGAUCAGCUGACAAAAGGGGCGGGUGGGCGGGGCACCGAGUGGAAGCACGAGUGCGGCAUUUGCGGCAAACUUUUCUCGGCCCUCAAGAAACUGAGGAAGCACGAACGGGUGCACGGGCGCCUCGCCAAGGAUGACCAGGCCCUGGCAGUCCUGGGCACCCCCCACCGCGUCGGCCGCAAGCCCCUGGUGAAGUUUGCCUGUGCCCACUGCACAAAGGUCUGCAAGACGGCGGCCGCCCUGAGCCGCCACAUGAAACGGCACGAGGGUCAGGCGCUCGAGGAGGUCCCCCUACCGGUGCUCACCACAGUCAUUGCUUAUUCGAAGAAGACCGGCGAGGUGCCUCUGUCUCCCUCUCCACCGGUGGUCAAAGAGGAGACCACCCAGGAAAUGCAAGUGUCUUCAUCCAGUGGGGAGGCGCCCGUUGGCCAAGCCGAGGUCUCCGAGGGGGGCUGUGUGGAAAUGGUGCCCUGCAACGGGCACACGCUUGGCCCUCUGCCCGGAGACGGAAGCCUGUCGCAGCAAGGGGCAGGCAAGUCCCCUUUCCACGAGGAGCUGCCCGCCCACCCGCCGCCGCCACAGGCCCCCGCCGCCAGCAGCGCCCUUGCCGAGCUGCCUCCGGAUCUGCCCCUCUCCCUUCAAGACCCCGUCAUCUCUCACACGGGCCUGGUCCAGAAAGAGAUGUUGGCCUCCCAAGAGAUGGAAGGGGACCGCUACCCGGUCCAGGAGUACCCCUUACCGCUGCUGGUGCCGGGGAGUUGCCGGAGCAGGAAGGAUCGGGAAGAGAAGCCCUCCUUCCUGGCGUACCCCAGCGCCAUCCAGUUCAACGCCGUCGGCAAGGCCGGGAGCAGCAGCGGCGGAGAGGGCAGAGUCAGCUUCUACCCGGAGCCGUAUCCGCUGAUGUACGGGCACCAGCUGUUGGCCGCUUACCCGUACAACUUCACCUUGCCCGUGGCUUUGAACAUGGUGGUCCCGGAUGAGAAGGGUCAGCCUUUGCCCUUCCUGCCCUUCAGCUACGCCAUGAACCCCUGCCGGGGCGUGGUGGGGCACGAGGGGGGCCCAGUGUCCCACGGGGGCCUGGGGGUGGGCAGUUCGGCAGCCCGGGAGAGCCGAGGGGAGCCCGCCGUGCCGGAGAGGCUGAAGAAAGGCGGUCUCCUUUGA